GCAGAAUCUACUCGAGGGAAUGUGUGUGAUUUGACAGCUGUCCCGAUGAUAUCGAUGAACGUAUCCAGCAGUGAUAACAACCUUCCCCAGAACAACCACAGCAAAAAGCAAAAGAAGAAAAACAAGAAGCAUCGUAAAGCAGCAACAUUGGACAUCUCUAGUUUGGAGCUGGGACCCCAGAUCCCCUCCUCAGAUGAACUGUGCCACAUCCUCACCAUCCACAGAUCCACCACCCCUCCAGAUUCACCCCCGACACCCCCGUUAAACCUCUCUCAGAGCCCUCCAGACUUGCAGCCUCCAGCCCCCCUCCCGCACUCUGUUCCCAUCGCCGUGGUUACAUCACCUAGCAUGGUCUCAUCUCCAGACACACCCUCAACUCCAAUAGCAUCUUCACUGUGCCUACCUUCUGUUUUCUCCACGACUCCUCCCACUCCACAGGCUCCAUCUAAUCAGACAACCCCACCGCAGGCUCUGAGCCCUCCCCCUCCAGACUUUUCCCCGCCUCCUGCCGAAUUGCUCGGCUCAGAUGAUGAAGAGCAGGAGAAUCCGGCAGAUUACUGUAGAGGAGGAUAUUAUCCAGUGAAGAUUGGAGAUCUGUUUAAUGGCAGAUAUCAUGUGGUCAGGAAACUGGGAUGGGGUCAUUUCUCCACUGUAUGGCUGUGUUGGGAUCUACAACAGAAACGGUUUGUGGCCCUUAAAGUGGUUAAAAGUGCCCAGCACUACACGGAGACUGCACUGGAUGAGAUUAAACUUCUGAAAUGUGUGCGGGACAGUGACCCCACAGACACUAAACGGGAAAGGAUAGUUCAGCUCAUCGAUGAUUUUAAGAUCUCUGGCGUCAACGGUGUUCAUGUGUGUAUGGUACUAGAGGUGCUUGGACACCAGCUUCUAAAAUUGAUUAUCAAGUCCAACUACAUGGGUCUGCCUCUGAUCUGUGUGAAGAGCAUUCUUCGUCAGGUUCUCGAGGGUCUAGAUUACUUGCACACUAAAUGCAAGAUCAUCCAUACAGACAUAAAGCCAGAAAAUAUCCUGCUUGAUGUAAACGAGGUGUACGUCAGACGACUGGCGGCGGAGGCCACGUUAUGGCAGAAAGCUGGAGCUCCGCCCCCCUCUGGCUCCUCCGUUAGCACGGCCCCAAGGGAGAAACAGACGGGCAAAAUAUCAAAAAACAAGAAGAAGAAAAUUAAAAGGAAAGCCAAACAGCAGCAGCGUCUGUUGGAUGAGAGGCUGCAGGAUCUUCAGCGGAUGGAGGAGCUGGAUGGAUUUUUGUCACCGGAUGCUUCCAGAAACACACGAGCGCUCUGGAGACUCAACGAAGAUGGAGAAGACGAUGACACACAAGAACAAAUGAAUGGGAAAAGUCACUCCUUAGGAGCUCAGACCAAACACUGUCCAGAAUCGGGCUCGUCGUGGCUGGAAGAUGAGUGUAAUGGCUACGGGCCCCUACGGUUCUCCAGCCCUGGAUCGGGCCUGUCUGGAUCCAUCCUGUCUGCUACCUCUGAAUCCACUCUGUCCGGAUACUCCACAGAGCGCUCGCUGUUCUCCCCCAACACAUACUCUGCUGCUGAUUUCUUGGUGAAUCCUCUGGAGCCUCAGAACGCAGACAAGAUACGCAUCAAGAUUGCAGACCUGGGCAAUGCAUGCUGGGUGCACAAGCACUUUACAGAGGACAUUCAGACGCGUCAGUAUCGAGCUCUAGAGGUGCUGAUCGGAGCAGAAUACGGGACUCCUGCUGACAUGUGGAGCACUGCGUGUAUGGCGUUCGAGUUGGCAACUGGAGACUACCUGUUUGAGCCUCAUUCAGGAGAGGACUACACGCGAGACGAAGAUCACAUAGCUCACAUCAUUGAGUUGUUGGGCCCCAUUCCUCCACACUUCGCUCUCUCGGGCAGAUACUCCAGUGAAUACUUCAACCAUAGAGGUGAGCUGCGGCAUAUCGCAAACCUGAAGCCGUGGGGAAUAUUCGAGGUGUUACUGGAGAAAUAUGAAUGGCCCUUGGACCAGGCGGCCCAGUUCAGCGACUUCCUCCUCAUCAUGCUUAAGUUUAUACCAGAGAACCGCGCUACAGCUGCAGAGUGUCUACAGCACCCCUGGAUCAACUCAUAACGCUGUCUAUCUCCCCUUAAUACAUGUUCUUUAGAUGCAUUUCAUUACCUGUCCACAGGUGUACACAUUCACCUUUCGGAGUGUAAACUUACUGUUGAGGUCAAACAAACUGGAGACAGUAUUCUGAGCACACAUUAGCUGGAACAUCAAGCGUAUGUUGUUUUAUAUAUAUAUAUAAUUUAAAGAAGCUUUGAUCUCUAAAGGUUGGGAUGAAUUGUCUGUAGUCUGUCAAAUGUUUUAUUGUGCGGUCAUCUGUGUAGAAGUGUCACAUAUUUAUAUGUUGAAAUAGUGCCUUGACAUGCCAUCUGCAAAAACAGAAAAGUAAAAAACAUUAAAUAAAAGCCCCUCACAUUUUUACAUUUGUCUGCCAAUAUGUGUGAGGAUUGCUUGUUUGUUAACAUACAGAAAUCUGUAUGAAUACUUGAUUGAAUUCAAUAAUGACGUGAGAUCUUAAAACCCCGUGUACUGCAGAAUAAAAGAUCA